UUCCGGGAGACGGCGCAGCGAGCCAUUACGUUUCAGUUGCAUAUGAAAAGGGGAGUAGGAGGCUAGCACAGCACAGUGUAGCCCGCCAGCAGGACCUCCCAGGACAGCCACACCACCGCACAUCGCUAGGGAGUUCAGAAGAGUAGAAGCCAGCACGGCGCUGGGUGGAUUCAAGUUCUGAUUGAGGCUCGCUACCUGAUGGUUCCUAGAUCCCUGCACUCUCAUAGGUCUAUUCAUAGAAGACAGCAGGAAUGGGGCAAGGUGUGGGUGGCUGACUGACUGACAGGGAGACGGACCAAUCACAUGUCAGGAUGCUGGCUCGGAACCGCUUCAUCCUCCUGGUGGUGGUGGGGGCGGUGCUGGCCAUCGUCAGUCUCAGCCUCCAAUUCUUGCACCUAAUCCCCACUACGCCCAUGGGUGAGGAGCGCCCCCCAAAGGGUCAAGGUCAGGGCCAGGGGAAGAGCAGGAAGAGAGUGAUCCCUGUCCUCCACACAGAACCUCCUGAACCAGACCCCAUCUCUGAGGCAAAUGGCUACUGCAACACCCCCAACCGCUCUGACCAGGCCUGGGAGGGACACAGCCCUGUGGACUACAUGCUGCUGUCUGUCCAGGUGAUGAUUCGCCAUGGCGACCGUUACCCCCUUUACGCCAUCCCCAAAACGAAGCGGCCUGCCAUCGACUGCACCCUGUUCCCAAAGAGGAAGCCCUCCCACCCCCAGCUCAAAUCCUUCAUUGGUCACAUGGCCCAGGGGGGGCGUGGCCAAUGGGAGGGGACUCUCAGCUCAUUGCCUCGCCUCCCUAACCACAACGCCUGUGAGAUGGGCGAGCUCACUCAGACAGGUGUGGUGCAGCACUUACGCAAUGGCCAGCUCCUUCGCCAAGCCUACAAGCGCCACAAACUCCUCCCGCCCGAUUGGUCGACCAAGCAGGUGUGGGUGGAGACUACGGGCAGGAGCCGGACCCUCCAGAGCGGGAUGGCUCUUCUGUAUGGGUUCCUGCCAGACUUUGACUGGAGCCGUCUGACAGUCCACCACCAGUGGAGCACGUUGUUCUGUGGCUCAGCCUGUGACUGUCCUGCUAGGAACCGCUAUCUGGAGGAGGAGCAGAGGAGACAGUACCGCCUUAGAGUGGCAGACACUGAACUGGAGAGGACCUACGCAGACAUGGCCCGUACGCUAGGUCUGCCCCCGCGCCAGCUCAGAGCUGCCAACCCUAUAGACUCUCUUCUGUGCCACCUGUGCCACGGCCUGUCCUUCCCCUGUGUGCCAGCAGGGAGUGCUAUCGGCAGUGGGGGCUGUCUGACUCUGGCUCAGUUCGCUGUGAUCCGCAGGCAGCAGUUAGAGGACGAGGUGGACAGGAGGAGGGUGGGGCUGUAUCGCCGCUACGCCCUGCUCGCCACGCACCCCUACCUCAACCGCACCGCCAACAGGAUGGAGCGCGUCGCCAAGGCCAACGCUCCAGGCCGAAAACCCCGCGCUGGAGGAGAGGAGGUGUUCACCCUGUCCUCGGCUCACGACGUCACCGUGGCGCCGUUACUAAGCGCCCUGGGCUUGGAGGAGGCAUUGUUCCCGAGGUUUGCAGCGAGGGUUGUGUUUGAGUUGUGGAAGAGUCCGCCCGCAACGCAGGGACAACGUAAGGGGCAAGGGCAGGGCCAGGAUAAGGCUGCUAGGGUGAAAGGGGAGAGGUCAAAGGGUGGUAACGGGGGGGACAUGUUUGUGAGGGUUCUAUACAAUGGAGAGGACGUAACCUUCCAUACCACCUUCUGUCGCUCACAUGACCACCACGCCACACAGCCACUAUGCCCCCUAGGUAACUUCCUGUCUUUCGUCAGGAAAGACAUGUUCAGUGUCCUCAACGCCACGUCCUACCACGAUGCCUGCUACCGACAGACAGGCUGACUGACAGAGGGAUGGAGAGAGAAAAGGAGGAGAGGAAGGGAAUCAUUUAGCUGAUUUUGGAAUUUGUUAAUAGCUCUUUUCCCACUUUGAUGGUAGUGUCCUAUUGCACUAUUUUAAUGUCUUAAAACUUUCACAUUUUUGUAAAGUCACAAACAUUCCUGGAAAGUAUAGAUACUGAUCAUACAUAUCAUGCGCACAAACACACUGCAAAAAUACAUAUUUUCACCAACAAAUUCCUAUACACAAACACAUACUUCAUGCCUUCUUGAUCAGAUGUCUUUGUAGAUAAAGUUUGACUUCUAAACUGACAGCCUUGUGGUGUUGACAAUCACACCCGGAUACUGCAAUUAUUCACAUUUGAACGUUGACCUUUCUACAAUUUUUUAGUUUUUGAAAUGUUUGUAAGGGAAUUACAUUCUGGGGUGGAAGUUAAGGGCACUCAGACACUUUAUUCACACAUUCCUGCAUUCCAACUGGGAAUGUUGAGAUUCCGGUUUUUGCAAAUUCCUGCAUUGAAAGGGGAAAGUUGAAACUGGAAACACUAAUGCUGAAUUAGUUCAUAUAAAACUUAAAAACGGCCAUUUAUAAUUUGUGUCACGCCCUGACCUUGAGAGGUCUGUUGUCUUUAGUUGGUUUGGUCAGGGCGUGAGAUUCUAUGCUGGA